AUGAGCGCGCCGGCGGACAACACGGCCGCCAUCUACGCGCGUGCGGAAGAGGCCCAACGCAGCGGGGUGAAGCUGGAGCCGGUCCCUGCCUUCAAGCUUUACAAGACGGCGCGCGAGGAGGAACUCAACAGCUACCGCAGCCUGUCCCGCGCGUUUUUCAUGAAGACAGGGGGGAAACUGAGCAAGCAGCAAUCACGUCUGCUAGAGGAUGUGAGGGACGAGCUCUGUAUAUCGGCAGAGCGCGCGAAUGCAGAGAUGUUAGCAGCGUUGGAUGAUACACUGGUAACCAGCGUCGCCGCCUCGGGGGUGCUCAACCGACGUGAAGACUUCUUCGAUGGUGUUGCAGAUGUGGCGCUGGAAGCCCUGCGCGAUGGUGAGAUGGCGCAGGAUGAUAAUAGGUCAAUGUUCGUGCCACCAGCGAAGCGGCCACGCACGGAGCACAUGACAGCUGCUGUUACGUCUGGUUCGUGGCGCCGUGGGACACCUCAUAAGACCCCACAAGCCGCGUUAUUAAAAACCAUAGAUAAAAUACACCAUGAGAUUGUACUAACCGGGAAGAAACUACUCUACAGUGCCUCGCCAGUCGAACAGCAGACGUACCAGCAAACACUGUUGGAAAAGAAAAAACAGCUGCAGGAGCUAUUGAAGGAGGUGGAAGGCAGCGGUGUCGAUGUAUCGGGGAGUUCUAGCGUGAACCCCUCUGAGCUUGGCUAUUGA